UGAAUUGAGCCGUCAGGAGAGACCCAUUAUUUCUUGAAGACGAAGAUUGGAGAGUUUUGAGAGAUGUGAAGUUACAUUGGGAAGAGAUGCAGAGAUUAAUGGAGAAACUAAGACGAAUGAAGUGCUCCCGUGAAAUGAUGAACCAAUAGGUGUGGAGAAUUAAAAUUUAAUCAAAAUUAAUUAAUCAAUAAAAUGAAAGAGAUUUUAACCAACGGCUUUGUACGAGAUUUAUAAAUAUAUAUUGAUAUUGAUAUAUUGAUGAUUGAUGAUUGAUGAUUCCAUCGCAUAUAUUUAAGAGAACGGAUUCCGCAGAGAGUCUGAGAGUUCUUCUCCAUCGGAUCUGAUGUUGAACUUGAAUCCCACUCGGUCGCACUGAUAUUCCCCCGACGCUUCUCACAUUAGUCAGAACUCCGAUCCCUAACCAGCUCAGAAGCUUCUUUGUCGUACAUUUAGUUCCAACAUCUCGUUGUAAUGGCUCAAGAGUCAGUCUCAGAAACCCGAGAUGCGCCGUCAUCUUGCACUGUUCAAUCCCAGCCAGAUCCGCCUUUUUCCAGAAGCAUUUCUUUUAGCCGACUCAACGCGCAGGCACGUGAAUUUGUGCCUACUCGACCCACUUCACGGUCCGAUCGACAAGGACCUAGGCUCGUUGUUCCACCACCACCACCUCCUCCCCCGCCCCCGGGUAUGGUACAUGUUUAUCCACCGCCUCCAACUUCACCCUUCCAUAUACCGAUUCGACCUCAUGUGCCAGUGGGCACUCACGUCGUCCCUGGUCAGAGUCACCACCACCACAUUUCCCAUCAGCAUCCGGUUCAUUAUCAUCCUCAUCAGCAUCAUUACUAUGUUACCACCGGUGGAGGGGGAUCGGGGGACCAAGACUCUGGCUUGCAGUCAGUUCAGAAGUCCCAAGUUGAGCCAGAUCAUACUCUCUCAAAGAAUAAACUGUCUGAGGAAGCUAGUCAGAAGAUUUUGAAUCAGGUAGAGUAUUAUUUCAGUGAUUUAAACUUGGCUACAACUGAUCAUUUGAUGAGGUUCAUCAACAAAGAUCCUGAAGGUUAUGUGCCUAUAUCUGUUGUUGCAUCAUUCAAGAAAAUUAAGGCUCUUAUAAGUAGUCACUCCCAGCUUGCAACUGUUUUGAGGAACUCAUCGAAGCUUGUAGUUAGUGAAGAUGGAAAGAAAGUCAAACGCCUGCAUCCCUUGACUGAGUCUGAUAUAGAAGAGUUGCAGUGCCGCAUUGUUGUAGCUGAGAACUUACCUGAGGAUCAUUGCCACCAGAAUCUUGUCAAGGUUUUCUCUGUUGUGGGGAGCGUGAAUACCAUUCGCACUUGCCCACCUCAAUCCUCAAAUGGUGGAGCUUCUUCUGCAUCAAGACUGGCAAAAGUUGAUGGCAUUCCUCUAUCUAACAAGUUGCAUGCAUUUGUUGAAUAUGAAUCUGUCGAGCUUGCUGAGAGAGCAGUUGCUGAGCUUAAUGAUGAGAGGAAUUGGCGGAGUGGCCUUCGGGUUCGUCUAAUGCUUAGAUGCAUGUCAAAACCUGCACAAGUGCGUGGAAAGAAGGGGCUUGAAGUUGAAGUGGAAUGUGAGCAGGAUUAUACUUCUGUGCCUGAGCAAGAGGCUAAUGAGAAACUAUUAGAAGACUCUUACUUGGCGGAUUCUAAACUGCAUGAACCUGCAGGGGAAGAGCAUAAUUUUGACAGGGAGAGUGGCCAGAGGAAGGGUCGUAGCAGGGGACGGGGCAAGGGACGAAGCCGAUCUCAUUGUCACCAGUUGUUUAGUCGCACCAAUCACAUAGGAACCCCACCUUCAAAUAAUGUGAUUCCUGUCGAGCAAGUUGUGGCCAAGCAACCUCCUGGACCUCGUAUGCCAGAUGGCACGAAAGGAUUUUCAAUGGGUCGAGGCAAGCCAGUAGCUGUUGAUAUAGUGUAAUGCCGUGGGAUUAGAUUCAGGCUGGUAGUGGGUUGAUGUUAUUGUGAAUUAGAGUGUCAAUCUUGCAGUGGGGAAUAGUUAGCAUUGCCGUCUCUGGAGCAAAGCAGUUAUUUUGCUCAUAUAUAUAUAUAUAUAUAUAUAGUGUAUUAAAAAAAAAAACGUGUGGGAGCGGAUUAUAGCAUAAGAGAGUAGAAGAAAGGGAUUAAAGGGAGCAUAAACAAUGGAGCUACCAGGGUAAUUUUUUUGUUCAAGACUUUUGUGAUAAUGAAUUGUUAUUAUUCUUGUCCUGUCAUUUUAGGUCAUUUUAUAUGAAAGACGUGAUCGAAUUCUUGUCUCGGAA